GCCCCGCGAGGAUGUGGUCCAACUUCUUCCUGCAAGAGGAGGAGCGGCGGCGGGCGGGCCGGGGGCGCGGGGCGCGGGCGCGGGGCGCGGGGCGCGGGGGCCCCGGGGUGCGGCGGGCGCUGCUGCUGAGCGCGCUGGGCGCCGCGCUGGCCGUGCUGGCCGUGAGCACCGAGUUCUGGGUGGAGCUGCGGCCCCGCGGGGACAACGGCAGCUGCCAGGCCGCGCACCUGGGGCUCUGGAAGGCCUGCACCCGGCGCCGCUCGCUGAGCCACCCGGCCGGGGACGCCUGCCGCCCCGCCGAGCUGCCGCGAGAAGCAAACUGCACUUACUUUAGAUUCUUCACCACGGGGGAGAAUGCACACAUCUUCCAGAGAACCACAAAGAAAGAGCUGAACCUGGCGGCCGCGGUGGUCGCGGUGCUGGCCCUGCUGGCCAUGGUCCUGGGCGGCCUCUGCAUCACCAUGGUGCUCAGCAAGGGCGCAGACUUCCUGCUCCGGGUUGGGGCUGCCUGCUUCGGCCUCUCAGGCCUGCUGCUGCUGCUCAGCCUGGAGCUGUUCCGCCACUCGGUUCUGGCCUUGCUGCUCCGCGUGGAUCCCGGUCCCCCGGUCCCCGCACUGGCCCACCAGUUCUCCUGGUCCCUGGGCUGUGGGGUGGCCGGCGGGGUGACCCUGCUGUUGGGGGCCGUCUGCUUCCUGCUGCUCAGCCUGCCUCCCUGGCCCUGGGCCUCCCUCUGCCCCCAGCGGGGUCCCCGGGCAGCCUGAGCCCCCGGCCCUGGGCCUUCCUCUGCCCCCAGCAGGGUCCCUGGGCAGCCUGAGCCCCCAGCCCCCUCCCUGGGCCUCCCUCUGCCCCCAGUGGGGUCCCUAGGCAGCCUGAGCCCCCAGACCCCAGCCCUGGGCCUCCCUCUGCCCCCAGCAGGGUCCCUGGGCAGCCUGAGCACACGGCCCUGGGCCUCCCUCUGCCCCCAGCAGGGUCCUUGGGCAGCCUGAGCACACGGCCCUGGGCCUCCCUCUGCCCCCAGCAGGGUCCCUGGGCAGCCUGAGCCCCCACCCCUUGGCCCUGGACCUCCCUCUGCCCCCAGCAGGGUCCCUGGGCUACCUGAGCCCCCAGCCCCUUGGCCCUGGACCUCCCUCUGCCUCCAGUGGGGUCCCUGGGCUGCCUGAGCCCCCCAGCCCCUGCCUUGGGCCUCCCUCUGCUCCCAGCUGGGUCCCUGGGCCUCCCUCUGCCCCCAGCGGGGUCCCCAAGCUGCCUGAGCCCCCAGCCCCCUGGCCCUGGGCCUCCUCCUUCCCCCAGCGGGGUCCCCAGCCCCCAGCCCCCCACUGCCGGGCUGCCCUCUUUCUCUCUGGGGCUUGGUCAGGGGCCUGGGAGGGGCAGAUCCGAUGGGGCAGGGGGCACAUGACCCAGGGCCACUGGAACAGAACCCCAAGUCUGACACAGGGGUGAAGCCCUGCCCUCCUGAGGGACUAGGAGGAAGAGUGAUGGGAGGGGGAAGACAUGGGGGCCUUCCAGCUAUCCCCCCCAACAUCCCAAACCCAGCUCCUGACUUGCCCACCCUCCCCCACUCCCUGGACAGAAGCUGACAGGCCCCCUGGGGAGGUGGGGGGGUCUGAGCAGUGGCCCAUCCUACCUGCACCAUGGAGCAGAGCCAUGCAGAUGUUCCCAGAGCUGCUGCAGUGGCCAGAAGUUGGACCCUUGGGAGCCAGGCGGUGGCGCACUAGGUUAAGCGCACGUGGCGCAAAGGGCAAGGACCCACCCAAGGAUCCCGGUUGGAGCCCCCCGGCUCCCCACCUGCAGAGGAGUCGCUUCCCAGGCGGUGAAGCAGGUCUGCAGGUGUCUGUCUUUCUCUCCCCCUCUCUGUCUUCCCCUCCUCUCUCAAUUUCUCUCUGUCCUGUCCAAUAAAAAUACUAAAAAGAAAAAAAAAAAAGCCUCCAGGAGCAGUGGAUUUAUAGUGCCGGCACCGAGCCCCAGCAAUAAGCCUGGAGGCGAUAAAGAAAAGUUAGACUCAGGCAUCAGGUCCUGAGUUCAGUCCCCACCACUGCAAGUGCCAGAGUGAUGCUUCGGCUCUAGUUCUCCCCAUCCCCCCACAGAUAAACACAAGGGAGAAAGGGGCUGAACUGUCGUCCAAAGUGUGCCAUUAAAAAAUAAGUGGGGCCUGGGUGGUAGUGCACAGGUGUGCAGGUGGCCGGUUCGAGCCCCCAGCUCCCCACCUGCAGGGGAGUCGCUUCACAGGCGGUGAAGCAGGUCUGCAAGUGUCUGUCUUUCUCUCCCCCUCUCUGUCUUCCCCUCCUCUCUCCAUUUCUCUCUGUCCUAUCCAACAACAAUGACAACAGCAAUAAUAGCUACAACAAUAAAACAACAAAGGCAACAAAAGGGGAAAAAAUAGCCUCCAGGAACAGUGGAUUCGUAGUGCAGGCACUGAGCCCCAGCGAUAACCCUGGAGGUAAAAAAAAAUUAAG